AGUAAGAAGUGGGAAUGAAUGCAGAAGACAAGGUUUAGGGAGAGAAAAUGGGGAAAGAACAGGUAGGAAGAGGAGAGAGGUAAACGUGAAAGAACAGGUCGGGAGAGGUGAGCGCACGGGGAAACGGGUGAGCUUCCUGGCAAGAAAUUGGGGGGGGGGGGGAUAUGCCUGUCACCCACGUGACGUGGAGUGGGCCAGGGAGAGGCAGCAAUACAGCAAUGUCCUAGUCACCAGGGCUGCCGCCGCCCCCGCUGCAGCUGGAGCAUCUGGAGCAGCUGAGACCGUGGGGCUCUCGGUCGCUGCAGCCGCGAAGCUGUCAGCAGGUGGCGAGGAGGGGCAGAGCGAGCCGGGAGUGAAGGCACCCAGAGCCACGACUGCGGGCGAAGCCACAGCCGCCCGAGCCGCCUGAGGGAAAGCAGCACAAUGGAGCCAGAGCCCGCCCGGGACUUGGGACUGGGCGACUCCUCCUUGCACAGAUACCUGGAUGGGGAUUUCUGGAAGCUGAAGAACGAGCUGCGCAGGCUCUUGGCCGGUUGUCCCCUCUUCUGGCAGAGAUAUGACUUAAGUCUGGAUGAAAUGAGGGAUUUGACAUUUCAGAGAGUGAAAUUUACCAUGGGCUUACCUCAGUUAAAACGUGCAAUUCAGGAACAGGCAGAGAAAAAGAAGAAUUUUGUCAGGAGAAGUCUUGUCAUUGGAGAAGUCCUUUCUAUUGCAGACAUGGCAACAGGAGUAAAGUGUGGCAUAAUUUACUGGUUAUUUGCUGGGGCUGUCAGGAAUCUUGGGAGCCCAGGACAUGUUGCUAAGUGGUUCCUGCCACUCCAGGAGCAGAAAUACACAGGGAUGUUUGCGAUGACCGAGCGGGGUCAUGGCAGCAACGUGAGGGGCAUACAGACAGAAGCGACUUUUGAUCUCACCGCUCAGGAAUUUAUCAUUGACACUCCUUGUGAAAAUGCGGAGAAGAUGUACAUUGGGAAUGCAAUGGAAGGGCAUUAUGCUGCCGUCUUUGCACAGCUCAUCAUAAAUGGAAGAUCUCAAGGCCCCCAUUGCUUCAUUGUUCCCGUCAGAGAUGAAAAUGGAAGCCUGUAUCCUGGAGUGACAGCGAUUGACAUGUUACACAAAGAAGGCUUACAUGGUGUGGAUAAUGGGAUUUUAAUAUUCGACAAGGUUCGAAUUCCAAGGGAGAACCUACUGGAUAAGUUUGGUUCCGUGGCACCAGAUGGACAAUAUUAUUCACCCAUUAAGAACAAGAGCGAAAGAUUCAAUGUAAUGUUGGCAGCUCUGACACCGUCCCGAUUAGCUGUGGCUUUCCAGGCCUUGGGAGCAAUGAAGCUCGGUCUGACAAUAGCCAUUCGCUAUAGCCACAGCCGGAGGCAGUUUGGGCCCAAGGCCAAGGAAGAAGUCAAGAUCAUUGAACACCAAACGCAGUACCUCCGAUUGAUGCCUCAUUUGGCAACGACAUUAGCGCUGACUUUUACCAGCAGAUAUGCUGGUGAUUUGCUGGAUGAGGAUAUCUUUCACGAGAAGGAUCUUGCCAACAGUCGAUCUUUACAGGCUCUGGUGGCAGGACUAAAAGCCUAUAGUACCUGGGAAAACAUAACCUGUUUACAAGACUGCCGGGAGUGCACUGGAGGCAUGGGCUAUAUGAUGGAAAAUCGGAUCUCAGGCUUAAAAUGUGACUCAGACGUAUUUGUGACUUUUGAAGGAGACAAUGUGGUUAUGCUCCAGGUGGUGGUACGGGAACUCCUGGCUCAGUAUACCAAACAGUAUGAGGAAAGACCACUUUUUGGCCUCCUUCGAAACUGGACAGAGUCUGUGAGCGAUAACUUAAGAACCAGUUUUUUGGCUUUUAACAUGGAUGCUAUUGGUAAUCUGACCUUCCUACUGAAAGCAGUGAGUUUUCGGGAAAGAGUCCUUCAACGAGGAUUGGCAGCCAGAAUUUAUUAUAAGGUAAUGACCAAGAAGGAGGACAUUUUCAGUGCCUGGAAUUCAUGUCUUCAUCAUGUUGCUUCCUUGUCCCUGGCGCACAUACACAGAGUUACUUUAGAGCAGUUUUCUUUAGCGGUGGGGAGCUGCCCGGUUCGGGAGGACCAGACUUUGUUAAUGAAGUUUUGUCUUUUGUAUGGAACCAAGUUGGUGUUCCAGGAGAGAGCAUGGUACUUAGAGCAUAAAUACUUGACCCCAGCAAGCAGUGUGCAGAUCAGAAGUCAGUUGCUGAAUUUAUGUGAUUCGGUGAAGGAGGAUGCACUGAAGGUGAUUUCAGCCUUUAACAUCCCUCACAGCUCCAUCCACGCCCCGAUCGCUGGCAUUCCCAAUCCCAGAGCAGCUUGGGCAUUUUACCCUCCACCCCAGCCUCAAGAGCAGUCGAAGUCGGCUGGGAAAGGAAUGGACCACCAGCGACCCAAAUUUGGAGCCAAAUUAUAAAGCGUGUUGUUUUUGGUGUUAUGUUUGCAGUCUCCACGGUGGUUCAUUUCACAGAAUCAGGAAGCUUUACCAGGAAAACAAUCCCAUUAGGUCCAUGCUUGAUCACUUGACCCCUGCAAAAAUAGAAAAGGCACAAACCCGGGCCAGGCAAUGAAGGCAUGGGGCCGCUGGGGUCUUUGACUAUAGCUGUCUUUCAACGGGGUCACUGCGGCCAAGGCAGGCAAGAAGCAUGAAACUGAUUGCUGAUGGGUUUGGACUGGAGUCUCCAGGGAAUGAAAGGAGUGGGUCCAGUGUGGGGUAGAGGUGGGGAUGGAGGUGGAAAGUUCUGUUCGGGAAAGGACUUCCAGUCUUGUCUCUGCUAGCAGAGCAGACUCUGCUGCCCCAGCCAUACCGUUUCACUGCCCGCAUUGAGGUCUCCCCGGAAGGAACCGCCCGAAGCCGGGAGAUGAGUUGUCCUUGCCUGAUUCUGCAGGUUUAAAGUCAAAGGGAUCCAUCCUCACAGAGGGGAUUCCCCCUGAUAGGAGUAAGUCAAAUUCUGAGGGAUUCGGGGAAAGCUGGUAAAAUGCAAACAAACCCACCCGGUUCCCCUCCCUUCUAACCCCUGCCCCAGCCAGCCUAAGCAGUUAGUUGUCUCAGUGAGUCAGACCCACUUGGCUUCUUAUAAGGAAAUGCCCCAGAGAUGACUGACUGAUAACAUCUUUUGGAAUUUUACUCCGAGGAGAUCUUAAAGCAAAUGCUCUGAAGUCCAGGAAAACCAGACCAGUCCUCAGAUCUAUUUAUCAAACCAUGCAAACAACUUCUGGAAAGGGAAAGGAGAGAAUUUAGAAACACAUUUUAAAACAUUUUUACCACAUAAUGUUUUUAAUCUGUCGAGUAGAAACAUAUGUAAAAAGUUUAAUAAAGAAAUAAAAACAAA